AGCCUUCCGAGAGCCAUUUUACUUAGUUGUCCGACUGAAUUGAUCAGAGAAAAGUCGGAGUCGUCACGAAAUAAACUAACCCAUAGCGGUUUGUAUCAAAAAAAGUUCGGCACUAGUUUACGGAUCGUUCGCCAGUAUGUGUCUAAACACGUAGUCAAAUUACGGGAUCAACCGAGUCAAAAGUCCUGUUUUAGGCAAAUAAGCCUCAGUGUUACACGCUUCAAGCAAAAGUACAUACUGCAAAUUUUGACCUUUGUACAUCAAACAGAAAAUUAAUCGGUUCCAAGAUGACGAUGGCUAUGUUACAACGGAGGGCCAAUGUAAGGCUGCCCCCGGAAGUGAAUAGGGUGUUGUAUAUAAGGAAUUUACCCUACAAGAUAACCGCCGAAGAAAUGUACGAUAUUUUCGGCAAAUACGGAGCUAUUAGGCAGAUCCGAGUGGGCAAUACUGCCGAAACAAGAGGGACAGCAUUCGUAGUUUACGAAGACAUAUUCGACGCGAAGAAUGCUUGCGAUCAUUUAAGCGGUUUCAACGUCUGCAACAGAUAUUUGGUCGUCUUGUACUAUCAGAGCAACAAAGCGUUCAAACGAGUCGACGUGGACAAGAAGAUGGAAGAAAUAGACAAGUUGAAAACGAAAUAUAAUUUAAACGAUGAGAAGAAAUGAUACGAUUGUAAGUUAAGCUGACCACUGUAAAUUAUAAUUUUGUAAAUUUUUUAAUAAAAUAAUUGUGUUUGUUUUCCUGCAAA